AUGGGCCAUUCUUUCAGCACAGCUUCGUUUUCCUAUUUUACCCUCUUUAGUUACGCAGCCUUGGCCGGCCGGGAGCUGUUGGGCAAUUUCUACGCCUUCCUUGUCACCAUCUACCUCGCUCUCGUCUUUUUAAUCGUGGCUCUGCCGUUCUACGAUUAUUCAAUUGAGUCCGACCCCAUCGAGGAUACCGUCGAGACGGUGCUGGUAAAUCACAGUUCGAAGCACACGGUUUACACGGCCUGA